AUGAAUCCAUACGUGGCGGACCCAGAUCAGAUACCGGCUACUGAUCUCUAUGCAGACGUGCCGCUCUACGGGCGGUAUUUUCCCAAACCAGACGAUUUCAAGGUCGAUCCCCAGCAUAUUAAUUCGCAGUCUGCAGACUCGUUGCAAUACUGGGGGUCAGUCGUUGACCGAUGCGACGAAUCCGUCAGAAUCUAUCCGGCCGACGAGGGCGGCCGUGACGUGUUCGCCCUUGGCAGCGUUAUCGUCAAGUCGAGCCACCUGCAUAAAACAGCGGACGGCCAGCAAACGGAGAUCGAUUACUCGUAUGCCGAUGCCAACGAAGUCCAGGCCAUUGCUCUUGGCAAGAGCGUUCUGAAAGACGUUAGGGUGCCAGCCAUUUACUUUGCGGGCAAGAUCAAUGGUCGCCAGGUGCUAGUCCAACAAAGGCUUCCCGGCGUUACCUUGGCCGUCGCGUGGCCGUAUUUAUCACAACGUCAAAAGGAGAGUUUUAAGCAACAGGCACGGGAGAUACUUUGGCUGUUGCACACUAUUAAACCCACUGACGGAUGGAGGACUCGCAGCUAUGUCGUCGAAGAUCCCAACAUCCGCACCAACCACCGUAUCAAUCCACUCGAAUGGGACAUUAUCUUCUCGGAUGCCAAUACUGACCCGGAUAUAAGUUUCAUGCACAACGACUUUAGUACGUCCAACUGCAUCGUCGACGACGACAAGAUCGUGGGACUUGUCGACUGGGAGAUGGCGGGUUUCUUUGGCUGGAGGACGGCUGGCGAGAUCCAUGGUAGGAUCAGAACGCCUCAGAGGGAGCAUUUUGUCAGUGCCAACUUGAGUGAGGAGAUGCUGCGGGACAUGAUGUGGUGGAACGAUCUUUAUGACGACGGCAUGCCACAGUCUACUGAGUAA